AUGUCUGUUCUCCGUUAUCUACGGCGACGACUACGAGACCCUGGACCUUGUGGCAAGUUGUGCCGACGACGCGAACAUAUGGGUCACAGGCCUUAUGGCCCUCACCUCUACCAAAUAUGGUUAGGCAGCGUAUUCGAUGAGGAAGAUCCGGAUGGCAAAGGUUACAUCGAUCAGAAUACUGCCGUUCAACUGAUCCGGCAGACAAACCCCACUCUGUCAUUGUCUAGAAUCAAGAACAAAGUCAAGGAAGCUGGAAGUGCGCUCGGAGGAAUAGAGAGAGGACGAAUUCACAAAGAAGAAUUCGUCGAGUUGUACAAGGUUGGUUGA